GAAACAAAAUUAUUGGGCUCAGUUCAAACAGAGCUAUAUGCAAGCUGUUUGUAUCUCAUGAUAAUCAAUCAAGUUUUAAACGCCUUUAUCUUUCAUCCUGAUUGGUUUAGUUCAGUGGUUUUGACGUAUGACGUAUAUUUUGGCGCAUAUCUUAGCAAUAAAGAAAGCUGGAAAGAAUUUAAUGUGUCUAUCCCUUUCUGUAGAUUCACGUCAAUUGUUUGUUUACUUUAUUAUAGACGGUCGUCAGCUGUCAGCCAUACAAUAUUGAAAGAAUGCUGUCGUGAUGUGAAGCCAUAUGUAAUAGAUAUUCUACAUUUCAUCCAUUAUCUUCUGGAUAGCAUUUAUUUCUAAAAUCGAAAGCAUGAUUGAAUGUGUAUCUUGUUUUUAAAUUGUUCUUCUCAACAUGAGUUAUAAAUAUACGAAAAAUGAGUUUGGCAAACGCGGCCGUACUGACGACGAUUCGGAUGAUGAAUCUGAAGAAGAUUGCAGUAAAAAUAUUUUUAAAUAUUUGAUGUUCUAUAUUUUUCCAUCUAACGUAGGAGAUGGUCGUCGCAAGGUGUUACACAAUCUAAUAAAAAAACAUGGGGGUAAUUUUACUGAAGUUGUUACAAAUCAUACAACUCAUGUGCUGGUUGAUGAAUCGGUAUCUUGUGGGAAAAUAUGUAGGGCUUUAAGUUGGACAACAUUUCCACCGCACAUCAGUGUGGUUUAUAUAAAUUGGUUGAGUGAUUGUGUUCGGGCUGAAUAUUGUUUAAAAACAUCUGAUUACCAAGUGCCAAAUAACCAUAAACCUACUUACGUUAUUACUUGUGCUAAUUCUGCAACUUCUAAAAAUAGUCCCGACACUCAUUAUAUUAAAACAAAAAGUCAGAGUAAACUUAAACAUUCCAAACAGCCUCGGAUAGUUGAAGUCAUUGAGGCUGACAUGUCAAAUAUAGAAUCAGUCGAAGAAGAAGAAUCAAGCUUUGAUGAUGGAGUUUAUGAAGGUGAAACAUCAUGUGAUGAUGAGUGGUUGUACUCUGUGCCAUCUGAAGCUUUGAAUAUGAUUAUUCCACCCUCUUUUACUAGCAUGGAUCAAGAAAGUAAAAUAUCUCUUUCUAUUUCAAAUUCAGAUACACCUGAAAAUACUGGAACUUUAAAGUUAAGACUUUAUCGACAUAAAUCUUCUGAUCAGGGCUAUGAGUACUCAAGAUACAGUACAGUAAACCAAACUGAUCCUAUUUCUUCCAAGCUAGAUUCAUCUGCAUCAAACUCUAUAAAUGAAGAAAAUCAACUUAAAGUGCUUGAAUUAUCAAAUAUGACAUCAAAGGAAGAAAAAGAAAAAACUCCUCCUUGUCCAGAUGAAACUAAAAGUGGUACUACAGAGUCUGUUUUGAUCAAACUGCAAAAUGUCAACAUGGAACAUAAUGUGGUUGAUAACAAUUGUCUGAAUAGUGAAAUUUUGAAAACAACUAAAGAAAAUGACAGCAGUAAAUUAUGCACUAACGUAGCUACUUCUUCUAUGAAUGUUGUUGUAAGUUCAACUAAGGAAAAUGUUGAAACUAAUUUAAAUAUUAGUGACCCAAGUAUUGAUACUAGUUUUAGUUCUGCAAUAAAGAUUUCAAACAAUAUUCACAGUCCAGAUUCUCUUGAAUUAAAACAUUCAUCGCAGGAAAAUGAGGCAUUUAAAUUGUCGCCAUCGUCCAAAUUUGAUUCAAACAAAGAUUUAUCAGAUCGAUCGAAUUUGGCAGUGUCUCCUAUAGUCACAUCAUCUUCCAGUAAUAUAAAAAAUACAGAUGAUAAUUUAAUGGAAAGAGUAAUAUUAACUGAUAAAUCUAUAUCUCCUUCAAAAUGUGGUUUAAAUUCUGCUAUUGAAUCGGAAAAAGGUAAUUCUUGUAGUAUAGCCGACACAAAAGAAGUUCAUGUUGUUGAGUUGGAUUUGUCAUGUAAAAAACCUAAACCUGGGAGAACAGAAAGUAAAUUUCUUAACACAAAUGCUUGUGAACUUUAUGAAACUCAAGAUUCUAAAAUUUCUUCAACUACUGAAAAUAUUGAAUCUUCUAACUUGCUGCAAAAGGAAAAUUCUUCUCCACUUCCUGAUGGUAAUGUAUUAAAAGACAUAGGUUUUGACAAACUCCCUUCACCUAAUGACUCUUGUGAAUCUAACAGUGUGUUAGAAGCAAUUGAAGUCGUUACAAAUAAUUCUUCAAUUCUUUCAGAAGAGAGAAUUAAUAAUUGUUCAACUCUUUCUGAAGGAAUAACUAGUGAUUCUUCAACUCUCUCGAAAGUAAUAACUAAUGAUCCUACAACUCUUUCUAAAGUAAUAACUAAUGAAUCAUCUACUCAUUCCAAAGUAAUUACUAAUGAUCCUUCCACUCUUUCUAAAGUAAUAACUAAUGAUUCUUCAAAAUCUCUUAAUGUUGAAGUUAUUGUAAAGAAAUUAUCAAAUAUUAAUGAAAAAGAUAAGAUUCUCGCUUCUAAAGAUUUAAAAGUUGGUAGUUCUGUUAGUCGUGAUAAAAUUAAUAAUCGCGAUAAUCUAUUGCCAAAUAACUCAACAGAAACAUUAAGUUUGACAUUGUCAUUAGUUUCAGAGUUGGUUAACAGAGCAGCAGAUACUGAGUCAAUUCGUUUGGCAAAAAGUGAUUGUUUGAUUUUGCCAGAAUCUGAUGAUCAAAGCACAAGUGAUACAGUUAACUCAUCUAAAAACGAUGAAAUCAACAAGAAUGUAACUCAUGAUAACACAUUUUUAAAAGCUUUUAUAGACACCACUGAUAUGAAGUCUAAUUUACAAAAAAAGGUUUUAACAACAUCAAUUUCUGAACCAAUGGAGAUUAGUACACCAUUAAACAUGUCUGAUUCUUCGAAAUCUUCACUUGAGUCAGUAAAAGAACCAUUAGUUGAUCCAAAAAGUAAUACAAGUGUACUUGUAAUUGAUGGUUCCAACCCUGUUGCAAAUGAAUCAUGUUCUACCUUGCAUCAUGGUGCAUUAAAUGAUUCUACCUUGUCAAAAUCUGUCUCUAUUACGAAAACUGAAAGUGAAUCAAAAUCAAAUGAUUCUAAGAACAAAGUUUCAUUCAAUAUAUCUAGGAAGCACAGUCCCUUUUUCUCAAUUUGUCCAGAUUCUUCAGAUUCAUCUACCCAGCCAAUAGUUCUAUUAAAUAAAUUAGAUAUUAAUUCAGAAGAGAAAAUAAAAGCUUUAAAUAAGAUAAAUGAUAUUACCAAAAUAAAUAAUCUUCCUGAAUUUUCCAGAAAAAAGGUUUGCAAGAGUGUCAUUAAAAAAGUUGUUUCUGUUUCUGACUCUAAAGUAAAAUUAGUAGAUAUGCAACAAUCUGGAAGUGAUCCCUUAUUGAAAGAGUCCACUAAAAAAGAAACUAGUGUUUCCAAUGAGCCAAACUUAGUUUCAAGAAAAAAAGAAGUAAAAGUAUGUUCUGUAAUAGUAAAUUCAUUAGAUAUUAAAAGUUUGUGUGACUCAUCCAAUCCUGCUCAGCCAUCUGAAGUUGCUUCAGUGAGGAAGGCUUCUUCAAACUCACCAACUUCUCUGAAACUACCAUCCCCAAUACCAUCUACAGAGACAUCAAAGCCAGCUAUUGUAACAUUUGACUUAUCUAUGGAAAACAGUCCGGAGAAAAUACUUGACAUCCCUAUGCCAUUAGAUGAUUCCUCAAAACGCUCUUUGAUUAAGCCAUCAAAUUCAUCUGUAAAUUCAAUUAGUGCAUCAUCUUCAAGCUCUAACAUAUCUAGCAAAAUAGAUAGUUCAACUGAUAACUCUAUCCUUUUACAGUCUAAAUUAUUACUAAAUGAAGCAUGUAUUAGACCUCAGAAUUUCAAUGAAAGGAGUGAAGUGACUCACUUAUCAAAAGGCAUCUCUGAUACAACUUUGAUCCCUAAACCUUGCCAAUCUAAUGAAUCUUCUAGUAAUCUGCCAGAAUUUAAAGUACCUCUUCAAAAAGGUAUUCUUAAAUCUCAGAGUCCAGAUUCUGUUAGUCACUCUGUAUCAUUUAAUAACUCUAUCUGUAAUUCAAUAUUACCUAAAAAAUUUUCUCCUAUUGAUUUGAUAUCUGUCAAACAACCAACUCCUGUUUCAGUUCAUGAAAAUUCAGAUAUUGAGUUGCCUGAUCAAAUAUCCAACCAGAAUAAUAUCAUAACAUCUGUGAAGCCAUUUGAGUGUACUGCUGUAUUGAGUGAGCUGCCUGAACCAAUGGAUUUUGCAACUGCUGAAACUAAUCUUGAGGCAACAUUAUCCAACAGUUUAAAUAAUAUUACCGAUACUGAUUUUAAACUUCAACCAUUUGUUUAUGAUCAUGAAAAUAUUAUGAAAAGUCCAAAUGUUUUGAACCUCUCAAGUACUACUCCAACAAAUGAUGAUCCUUUAACAUUAACUUUCAAUUCACAUUUAAGUGAUACUAUAGAAAAUAAGUUUUCUCUGGCUGAGCUUACUGAUAUCAAAAUUCCGAAACCAUUUAUAUCCAAUUCCACGAAUUUAGUUUCUCAGAGUAGCUUGAACUCAUGUUCAAAAAAUAAUGAUCUUGAUAUCUUAUGCGAUGAGGCAAUUGAAAUUGAUAGUUUAAUAUCAGAUUCAUCCAACUUUAACAAACUUAAUUCGGCUGAAAAAUCAUCUGAUUUAAUUACAGAUGAGACUUUAAUUGGAAUUUCAGCUUUGGAGACUUUCAAUGAUGAAUUAAAAGGUUUUGACCCUACUUUGAAUGUGGUUAAUAAUUUGACUGAAAAUACAUGUGCUUCUUUUCAAACACCUGAACCAUGUACAUCAACUUCAGUUAAUACGUCUAUGACAGUAAAACCUUCCAUUCCUAUAUCUCCAACACCAUCACAUGAGAAUGUACCAGUAUCUUCCACUCUAGCCCAUAGUAAGAAAAGAAAACCAACUAAGUUGUUUCUGGAAACUCCUAACAGUCGUAUUAUUCGAAAAUUACAGCUAUUACAUGAUAGUUUCAAGAGAAUUGAAAAUAAAUGGAGAAUGCAUGCUUAUGAAAAAGCUAUAAUGGCAGUUAGGAAAAGUAAUCGGCCCAUUACUACAAUAGAGGAUGUUCAGGCUCUGGGUAGUGGUAUUGCCAAAAGGAUUGCUGAAAAUAUACUCGAAAUUGUACAAACUGGUCAACUACGUAAAAUUAAUGAAGUGUGUUCCAAACAGAGAGAAGCUACUAUACGCUUAUAUUCUAAAGUAUGGGGAAUAGGAUCGAAAGUUGCUGAAAAUUUAUAUAAAGAGGGUCAUCGUACCAUUCGAGAUCUUAAAUUUAAAGCUAAUUUAUCUCGUGCUCAUUUGAUUGCUCUACGAUAUUUCACUGAUUUAAAACGUCAAAUACCGAGGCCAGAGGCAGAAAAAAUAUUGACCACAAUUUUAAAAAGAAUAUUUAGUCCAUUUCCAUACGUGCAGUGUGAUGCAUGUUCAUCCCUUCGUAGAAAUAAGUUAUCAACAGGACAUAUUGACUUACUUUUAACUCUGCCUGAAGGGCAUGAAAAUGAUCAUAAAAUUUUGCCAGAAAUUGUUGCUAAGCUUCAUCAAGAUGGUUACCUCAUUGAUGACCUCAUAAGACACGAGGAAAAUGGUGCUCAAACAAAAUAUGUUGGAAUAUUUAAGCUUAAAACUGAUGGAGCUAAGCAUAGACGACUAGACAUAACAGUUUGUACCAAAGAUGAGCAGGCUUGUGCUUUAUUGAAAUUGACUGGACCUACCUACUUUAAUAAAGCUAUCAGACAGAUAGCCAAAAAACGAAACAUGAUUUUGGAUGAACAUUCCUUAAGAGUAAAAGUUAUAAACCCAGAUGGUAUACAAAUGGAAAAACGGUUGGAUACUCCAAACGAAGAUGCUGUAUUUCAGUGCCUAGGUUUACCAUUCAGAAGUCCGGUCCUUCGUGAUCCUGAUAAAUCAAAAUGAGAAAACUUUCAUAAUAAUUUUUUCUAUAGUUUUAUUUAUACACUUUUACUUAUGUUAGAACUAAGCAUUAAAAUUAUAUCUAUACCUUAUUUAUUACUUGUUGUUUUUGUUAUAAUUUUACUUUAUGCCAUGAUUUAUUGAUGUUAUAAUUCUUAUCAAAAAGCAAUUAAAUAUUUAGAUAUGUG